AUGUCGGAGAAGGGUUCUAGCAGCGACUUGCAACCUUUGCCGCAACACGAGAAGAAUGCGCAAGAGAAUGCGACUCAAGAUGUCAAGAAGGGAGAAACUAUUAACCCCGAGAACGAAAUAAUGGGAACCAAGCUUUUGCUUCUUCACACUGGUCUCUGUCUUUGCACUUUCCUAGUUGGAUUGGACUUCAACUUAAUUGCUACUGCCGUUCCGACUAUUACGAGUGAAUUUAACUCAAUUGGAGAUGUUGGAUGGUAUGGAUCUGCAUUUUACAUCGCACUCUGUGCGAGCCAGCCUCUUGCGGGUAAAGCCUUCACACUAUUUCCACAGACCUUUAUAUAUCUGCUUUACGUCGCCCUAUUCGAGGUCGGAAGUCUAGUCUGCGCCCUCGCGCCAUCCUCCGGUGCGCUCAUUGUGGGGAGAGCAAUCGCUGGCCUUGGAGCUUCUGGAAUUUUUGCAGGAGGCCUCGUUAUCCUAACCACGGUUAUACCGCUACACAAACGAGCAAUCUGGACUGGAACGAUGAACUCAACUUUCAUCAUUGCGAGUAUCGUGGGACCUGUCCUUGGUGGUGCACUCACCCAGCAUGUCACUUGGAGGUGGUGCUUUUAUAUCAACCUUCCAAUUGGCGGCUUCUCUGCACUUGUGGUUUUCCUCUUCUGCAGGAUUAAACAUACCAUCUCGGAGAGCAGCUCAAUAUUUCAGAAACUUAGAAAAAUGGAUGGCAUUGGAUUCACAUUAUUCGCUGGAGCUGUGACGAUGCUUCUUCUCGCCCUUCAACUUGGGGGUCCAGGAUCCACCUAUCCUUGGAAAUCAUCUCAGAUUAUUGGCCUCUUCGUUGGCUCCGGGGUUGUCAUUUCUCUCUUUGUUGCCUGGGUUUUGUACAUGGAAGACGACGCACUGAUUCCACCGCGACUUUUUGCAAACCGGAACGCAGCGCUCAUUUUCUCGUCUUCGCUCUUCUCUAAUGGGCCCUUUCAGACCGUUAUCUACUGGCUUCCCAUUUGGUUCCAAGCUGUUCAAAGCGUAUCUCCUACGACCAGCGGUGUUCGAUAUCUCCCAACUGUUCUUUCAGAUGUCUUGACUUCAGUAAUUGGAGCUGGGAUGGCGCAACAGCUGGGGAUUUGGAAUCCAUUUUUGAUCUUUGGUGAAUCUAUGGUGUGUCUCGGAGGAGGACUACUCACUACGUUGCAUCCUGGCAUCUCUUCGGGAUAUUGGAUUGGAUAUCAGAUCUUUGGUGGUAUUGGAUAUUCCCUCAUUAUCAAUAUGGCACAUCUAGGCACGCAAGCUUCUCUUCCCCAGGACCUAGUUCCCAUCGGAGCCACAACGUUACUAUUCGGGAUAUCAGCAAGCUGCGCCGUCUUCCUUGCGGUGGGUCAAGCCGUUUUUCAAGAACGCCUUAUGAAUGACCUCUCGCAAGUCGUCUCUGAAAAGGUUGUCAAAGACGUUAUCUCAGUUGGCGCGACUCAAGUUCGAGAGGUAGUCAGCGCCCAAGAUCUUCCGGUUGUUCUGAACGCGUAUAGCAAAGCUGUUACGCAAGUCUUCUACAUUCCUGCCGCUGCGCCUGUGAUUUCUUUCAUUCUAGUACUAGGUUGUAAGUGGAUUUGGAUUAAGAAACCGGAAGCCGAGAAAGUAGAGGAAAAUACUGGUGGCAAAGAAGAGGUUUGA